GGCGCCGCGUGAGUUCCCCACUGGCUGGUCUGAAAAGCCAUCUUUGCAUUGUUCCCGUGCCCGGCUCUCCGCUCGCCGCAGCCGCCUCCGCCGCGCGCCUCUUCUGCCGCCGCGGACUCCGGCAGCUUUGUCGCCAGAGUCCUUGGACUCCCGCUUCCUUUUUAAUCCGCUGCAUCGGAUCACCGGCGUGCCCCAUCAUGUCAGACGCGGCCGUGGACACCAGCUCCGAGAUCACCACCAAGGACUUAAAAGAGAAGAAGGAAGUCGUGGAGGAGGCGGAGAAUGGGAGAGAGGCCCCUGCUAAUGGCAAUGCUAAUGAGGAAAAUGGGGAGCAGGAGGCUGACAAUGAGGUAGAUGAAGAAGAGGAAGAAGGUGGGGAGGAAGAGGAGGAGGAGGAGGAAGGUGAUGGUGAGGAAGAGGAUGGAGAUGAAGAUGAGGAGGCUGAGGCAGCUACAGGCAAACGGGCAGCUGAAGAUGAUGAGGACGACGAUGUGGACACCAAGAAGCAGAAGACCGAUGAGGAUGACUAGACAGCAAAAAAGGAAAAGCUAAAACUUAAAAGAAAAAAAAAAAAAAAAGGCCACCGUGACCUAUUCACCCUCCACUUCCCGUCUCAGAAGAAUCCUAAACGUGGUCACCUUCGAGUAGAGAGUCGCCUGCCCGCCCGCCCACCGCGGGCAGCGCCACCCGCAGAUGACGUGCGCUCUCCACCACCCCACCAAAACCACAACGUGAAUUUGCCACAGGGAAGGAAAGAAAGAACCAAAACUUCCAAGGCCCUGCUUUUUUUCUUAAAGUACUUUAAAAAGGAAAAUUUGUUUGUAUUUUUUAUUUACAUUUUAUAUUUUUGUACAUAUUGUUAGGGGUCAGCCAUUUUUAAUGAUCUCGGAUGACCAAACCAGCCUUCGGAGCGUUCUCUGUCCUACUUCUGACUUUACUUGUGGUGUGACCAUGUUCAUUAUAAUCUCAAAGGAGAAAAAAAACCUUGUAAAAAAAGCAAAAACCACAACAAAAAAAAAACAAUCUUAUUCCGAGCAUUCCAAUAACUUUUUUUGUGUAUGUACUUAGCUGUACUAUAAGUAGUUGGUUUGUAUGAGAUGGUUAAAAAGGCCAAAGAUAAAAGGUUUCUUUUUUUUCCUUUUUUUGUCUAUGAAGUUGCUGUUUAUUUUUUUUUGGCCUGUUUGAUGUAUGUGUGAAACAAUGUUGUCCAACAAUAAACCGGAAUUUUAUUUUGCUGAGUUGUUCUAACAAA